AUCACCUCAUUUCUAUAUGUACUAACAAUUUCGAUUUAUCCGGUUCGAAAUGCACAAUUGUUGGCGUUAUUUUUAAAAACCUUUCUUUAACUAAAUCUGAAUCGGUUAAACAUUUUACUUGUCGAGCAGCCCAUAUUCAAAAUGAUGCGCUCAAUAAUAUUUGCUAUAGUAGCAUUCGUCUUCUUUAUUGGAAUUGAAAAGGACGUUUUGGCGAAACAUGAGUGUCCUCCUGAAAUAAACAAUUACGUUAAAAACUUUUCCACCCGGUUCUACCAGAAAGUCGCAGAAUCCGAAGAUGGCAAUAUGUGCGUAUCUCCUCUUAGUGUGGCCAUGGUGAUGGUAAUGGUCCUUUUUGGUUCGGAUGGUCACACUGCCAAGGAAUUGCGUAAAGCACUCCAUUUUUCUGCUGAGGAAAAGGAUACCAAAGAGGGUUUCCAGAAAUUUGUCGAAAGCACCUUCCACAGUAAAGGGGUGGAGUUGCAAAGUAUGAGCAAUAUUAUCUUCUCGAAUCAGUUAUCCUUGAAGCACGAGUACAAAGAUCUAAUCGAAUCGACUUUUCACUCCAUAAGCCAACAAUUCGACUAUUCGAAGAGGAAAGAAGUAACAAAAGAAAUCAACAACUGGUUUUCACAGAAGAUGCAUGAGCGUGUUCGCGAUAUCGUCUCUCCGGAUUGUCUCAGCGACUCGUCAUCCAUGCUGUUGACCAAUGCCUUUUACUUCAAGGGCUCGUGGGAUGCUUUCUUCAAUUUAAGCGAUACCGAGGACAGGGCUUUUCAUGUAAAUGAGAAAAUUGUCAAACACGUACCGACCAUGUUCACAUCUGGUACUUUCAAAUACGGAAAAUUGGAAGAAUUGAAUGCCAAAUUCAUUGAAUUGCCGUUUAAGGGAAAGGACAUGAGUGCUUUCAUAUUUCUUCCAAAAGAUAUAAAUGGUCUUCCAGAACUUGAGAAAAAACUGCAUAAAAUAGACCUUCAAGAAUUAUCUAAAAACGCAAUAAAGAAGAAGAUUCGACUCUACUUGCCGAAAUUCAAGAUCGAAUCCAAACUAAGGCUCGGCGAAGCUUUGAAAAAGUUGGGAUUGAAAGAAAUAUUCGACGAGAAAGCUGACUUUUCAAUGAUAGCGAAAAAGGCUCUUAAAGUUGGCAAAUUCAUUCAUAAAGCUGUCAUGGAAUUGGACGAAGAAGGCUGUGAUGAGUCAGAAUCUGAGAAACAGCACGAGGAAGAAAAGAAAGAAAAGGAAGAUAAGGAAGAGAAGAAAGAAGAAAAAGAAGAGAAAAAACAUAAGGACGAGGACAAGGAGGAGAAGGAAGAGAAAAAACACAAGGAGGAGAAGGAAGAAAAGGAAGAGAAAAAACAUAAGGACGAGGACAAAGACGAGAAAGAGGAGAAACAUAAGGAAGAUGACAAAGACGAGAAAGAUAGUAAACACGAGGAAGAUGAUUCAAAAUGGCAUAAUUUCGAAGCCGAUCAUCCGUUCCUUGUAACAGUACACAACAAUGGAGUCCCAGUCUGCUGUUCCCGAGUUUGCAAUCCUAACUAAAAGAUGGAGUUCCAUCAUCAAGGUCCUGACAAAAAUCAUCACUUUAUGACUGUUUAAACAGUCAAGUUUUCUUGUUAUAUAGUUAAAGCGUGUGUGUUUGCUUUUUAGUUCCGCGUAUCUCUGUAAAGAUGACGCGUUAACUUACUUUCUUGCAAGCUAGAUACAUUCAUGGAUAAACACUAUGCACGUUUUAUAAAAAAUAGAAAUAUUAUGGGCUUAUUACACAUACGUUUCGACAAGUCUAAGAGGUAUUAAGAAGAAUGCUUCUAAUAAGAUUUACGUCUUAAAGCGAAAAAAAUAAGAUUAGAUAAUUACAAUUUGGCUUAUAAAAUUUCGCUAGAACGGUGUAAAUAUUGUUUCGGUGUUAUAAAUUAAUUUGUUAGAAAAUCAUGUAAAACUUAUUACAUAUUUAUUCCUUGAUGAUUUGAAUAUUCUUUAAACAUUAUAUUAUGUUCUAAAGGUUUAUAUGUAAGUCUGGAUUGAACAUUUGGAAUAAUUUUAAGAAAGAAAACUAAACGUUUUGUGAAUGAGCUGAGUUAUUAAAAAUAUGUCUAAACAUGUGCAAUAAAUAUUUUAAUGGCUUAUCGAA